UAUUUUGGUUGAAUGUUUGGGCCACCAAUAAUUCCUUUCCUUCAAUUCUCAACUACACUCAUCUAUCAUCAUCUUCUCUAAUCAAUCUCUCAUGUCUACAGCAGUGUCACAGCGCCUCUCCUUCCGCGGAGUGGCUUCUGAGGCCAAACGGGUAACCACUGCCCACUCCCUCCAUUUCUUUGCGCUUUCCCUGCUCUUUCUCUUUCCCUUCUGUUUCUCCAUCGUCAUCUACCCAUCUCUCUUCACCGCUGCCUUUUCCCAGCUUAAUGGUUUUCACCCCCAACAAUGGCUACUCUCCUUCAACGCCGACCCCACUGAUCCCCGAGCCCGACCCAUCCUCCUCGCCCUAUUUGCUCUCUGCCUUGCCCCUUGCGCCUUUGGCACUAUCAUCUACAGUACUUUCAAUGGACAUCACGGUAGACCCGUGACGCUUUCUUCUUCCGUCAAAUCUCUGGUGUGCUCCUUCUUCCCCAUGCUUUCCACCCUCAUCGUCUCUCAAAUAAUUGUGUGUUUGGUCGGGGUUUUGGCGGCGCUAAUUCUGUUGGCUGGGCUUCAAAUUGUCGGUGUUGAAGUGAAUUACAACAACCCCAGUUGGGGUUUGGUAAUUUUGUAUGUGCUCCUGGUUUUACCCACCAUUUUAUGGCUGCAGAUCAACUGGUCCUUGGCGUAUGUGAUUGUAGUGGUGGAAUCAAAGUGGGGGUAUGAGCCCUUGCGGGGAAGUGCCCAAUUAGUGAAGGGGAUGAGGCGGGUAGCGGCGUCGAUUUUGCUACUUUACGGCCUUGUGAUCUCGUUGAUGGUGGUUUAUUAUUCACUGUGGUUUGGCAUGGUUGGUCCAAACUUUACACACAGAGAGAUUCUCUUCUGGAUAGCGGCAAUUAUAGUGGUGUACAGUUCAAGUUUAGUUACUGGGGUGACCCUUAACAGUUUAGCUGCAAAUGUGGUAUUGUAUAUCCACUGCAAAGCCUUGCACGAGAAGGAAGCGUUUCUUGAGGUUGCAGAGGUAGAGAGCAAGGAUGCGAGCUUGCCUUUUGGUGAUGGCAAGGUUUCUCAAGUUGUUAAUCAUGUUUGAGACUUGAGAGAGAGCCUUAGUGUAUAUAUAUAUAUAUAUAUAUA